CUACACACAAAAUGAAGUCGCGCCUUUAUAACAAUUGCUAAUUGUUCGCUAAGUAAUAUAAAAAAAUAAUAAGAACGAAAUGGAUUAAAAAUUUUUUACUCCAUUGUAGAUACGCGUGCACGGUGAAUGCAAUGUUCUCAAAAAUAAUUGCUCUACAGUUUGCGGUGAGCAUGUUGGUGCUAUGUUCGAAUUUAUAUCGAAUAGCAACGACAUCGAGUUUUGUAGUUUUCAUUUCAUUGAUGAUAUAUAUGGGUGCUAUAUUGGCGCAAAUUUUUAUCUAUUGUUGGUUCGGAAACGAAGUCAAGACAAAAAGUCUUCAUUUGGCGAAUAACAUUUAUAACAAAGUGGAAUGGCCGGCACUUAGCAGUAGCUGCAAGAAAGAUCUUAUACUCAUUAUGAAGCGCUCAACAAUCCCCAUCGAAUUUAGUAGCAUGUACAUAUUAUCAUUAAAUCUUGACUCGUUUGUAGCUUUGCUUAAGAUGUCAUACUCGGCUUUCAACUUGCUGCAUCAAACACAAGAUUAG